GUUGAAAAAUACUUCUCUUUUGUCUCGUCGUUUCCUUCUUUCUUCGGCCGCCAGUGCUGGGCAGGAUGUCAGGCAAAUGGCCACAGCUUCCGAACUAGCCCGUCAAAGGAGAUCCUUGCAGGGCCGUGUGGGUGUCGUCACCGCAUCCACCAAUGGAAUUGGGUUCGCCAUGGCCCAGCGUUUGGCCGUCGAUGGAGCUCACGUUGUCAUUAGUAGCCGCAACCAGAAAAAUGUUGACGAAGCUCUUGCCAAGUUGAAAAGCGAAGGUCUGUCCGUUUCGGAAAUGGUUUGUCACGCCGGUGGCAAGGAAGAUCGGACUAGGCUCCUGGAAAAGACAGCGGCAGAAUUCGGAGGUUUCGAUAUUUUGAUUUCCAACGCCGCAGUGAAUCCCGGUUCAGGCCGUCUGAUGAAAUGCACUGAGGAAGUUUGGGAUAAGAUAUUCGACGUUAACGUCAAGUCUUCGUUCUUCUUGGCUAAAAAACCUCUUCCGCACAUGGAAAAGAGAGGCAAAGCCUCCAUUAUGUUUGUUUCGUCUGUUGCUGGAUAUCUCCAAAAUUGCGCAGUUGAGUUUUUUGGGGCUUAUGCUUUGAGCAAAACAGCUCUUCUAGGAUUAAGCAAGUUAAUGUCAAUGGAAUUGGGUCCCAGGGGAAUUCGAGUCAACUGCAUUUUCCCAGGAGUUAUUGAAACACGAUUCGGUGCAGUGAUUACUGGCGAUAAGAGAGUACCUAAAAUUAUGCAUGAUAAUUGCCCCUUGCAAAGAAAUACACGUGAAACAAAAGAAUCGACUUACAGGCUUCUGUAUUGA